AUUAAACCCCUGGGCAGGAGGUGCUCACGUCGGGCUCCAGCCCCACUGCUGAACGCCAUUCUCGGAAAAUUCGAGGAUUCGAGGAACCCCCAAUCGUCUGGAAAUAUCCACUUGCGUGGAGUUCGAAAGUCACACAUGGCAGCAGGAGGAGGAAUGCCAGAAGGAUUGUGCACUUGGGACGCAUCGUCUCGUAAGCUCUCGACUUUUGUAUGAACGAGUCGGCGGGAAACGACUCGUUUACAUCGUCUGUCGUGAUGGGUUGCAAUUCGGAUCGGGCAGUGUAGUCGGUGGAAUUCUGCAGAAAGGAGAUCGGUCCUCGCCCGCCCCUCAUAAAAUAACGGCGUUCGAGAGGUGUAGGUAAGCUUUUUCCGCUGGAUUUACAUGAGACUGGCGAAGUUGAUGCGCGGAGCAGUGUCUGCUCACCUCGAUGGCGCUUGAUAGAUCGACAAUAGAAUCCAUGAGUUUGCUGGCUACUGCCGAGUCAGUGGGUUCUGUAGUCAGGAGAGCCACGCUCGAGAGGAGGAAAUUAUCCGAAGGCUUUAUCAAGGUUCCUUCCCAGUCCGGGUAUGCAAUUCCUGUGAGCAGUUCGAGCGGCCAUGAGGUACUUUGGAAAGCGGUUAGACCAAAAGAAACAUGGACACGUCCUGUGGCCGCGACUUCGCAACUCGGUCUUGACCGCUCGGCGGACAUUCAAGCGGUUCGUGAACUGAUUUCGCCCGAAGGCUGUAGCUCCCAGAGCAACGACAAGAAAAGACAUGCGGUACAGAAAAAGCCGAAGGCAGGCGUCAAGCUCAAAUAAGAGUGUAAUGGCUCAGGAUUCCACUGGCAACCACAAAACUAUUUCAAGAUUCUCUCGGCUAAACUUGGAAACAGGGGGACAGAAUGUUGCAACAUCUGCUGCGUGCGAAGAAGAGACCCUUCUCUUCGUGAACAUGGAUGCCGAAGAAGCUCACCACUUUAUCACUUGCGGUUGUCGGCACUGGGGCCAUAGGCACUCUUGCCGUGACGCUUAGUGAAAUGAUUUCAUGGAACCUGAUUCAUCCUCAUUGAUCGUUCUGUUCUUAAGACUUCAUCAAUUACACAAACUUCAGUUCCUGCGAAUUGCACAUGGUUCACUGAAACCAAUGCUCCCGUCCCAUGAAUCUCACGUUUUUCGAUAAAUAAGAUGUCCUGUUUUGCAUGCUGGACAUCAAAGCAAGCAGCACAAUUCAGGAGUGAGUACACCUUGUGUCAUGAUGGCACGUACAAUGAAGGAGAGAGCAUCUGUCAAGUCCCAGAUUGCUUCCUGCUCUCUUCAUAAAUCUGGGAAUAAUAACGACCAAUGGGAGUUGUCGAUACGUCGGAGCUGAUACGUUUUCCAGAUAGGAUUGGGAAUUUCGGCUAGUCGAAUGUUACUUCAAAAUGUGGAUUGAUAAUCAAUAUGCAGACGUCUUUAAAUAUCGGAGAAUAGAUCUGAGAGUCACAUAAUCUUUGCCAGUUUCUAUCCUCGUCGAUCGUCGUGUCACGCUCCGAUCGUGAAGUACAGUGGUCGAUGAGCAAGAGCAAAGACGGAAAGAACGUGCACAGGAGGACACAGCGGGAGGAAACCCUGAGACAGAGGAGGACCUUGACCGAAGGACGAACACGGGCAAUGCGGCGAUGAUCCUGCAGGAAUUGGAGUCUCUCGGUUGGGGCUGCAUAUGCCAUCGACACUUUCUUCGUUGUUCCGGUCAACACCUUCCAAAUGCAUCUGGCUAUUGCGAAGGCCAUUCCACAUCUGUCCACAUCAAGUCCAUGCUUUGGAGGUCCACAUUCGAUCACGGGCACGAGGGAGAAG